CCCACGCACGCCCGUUACUUCGAACCUUAGGCAACCUUAGGCAAGAGAAUCUUCAUACAAACGACAAGAACAAUACUUCAACCACCCUGCAAUUCACCUUUUUUCUGUGACUUUGACUAGUCAUGGCGAAUCCAUUGCAGUUUGCUUACCGAACUCAGAAGGCUAUCGGCGUUACCGACGCUGCGCCUGUCUACGAGCCUCUCCCUGGGUUCGUUAAACCCGAAGGGAACUUGCGGUGCUGUGUCUAUUCGCCCUGUGGCCGAUAUCUAGCCUGGGUAUCCAGCGAAUGCGUCUGCAUUGUCGAUGCAUCUGUUGGCCAUAUUUUAACUAGCAUAGCUAUCUCUAACGUCUUCGAUGUCGCCUUUUCUCCGCGCGGUUCCUUCCUAAGCACCUGGGAACGCCCUGCUAAGGACGAGGCUGGUGAUGCGACAAAGAACUUGAAGAUCUGGCGAACUAUCGAAGACCUUCCCGACGACGUCGAGAAGCAACCCAUAGGACGAUUUGUUCAAAAAUCCCAGACUGGCUGGAAUCUUCAAUAUACCUUCGACGAAAAGUUCUGCGCCCGUCUCGUCACCAACGAAGUACAGUUCUACGAAAGCGAUGACCUGAGCAAAGUCUGGGAUAAGCUUCGAGUUGAAGGCGUAACCGAUUUUGCUAUUGCUCCUGGUCAAAGCCACAAUGUUGCGGUUUUCAUCCCUGAGCGGAAGGGACAACCUGCUGCUGUCAAGGUUUACAACGUUCCUCAGUUCACGAACUCGAUUUCGCAGAAGACUUUCUUCAAGGGCGAUAAGGUUCAGCUCAAGUGGAACAGCUUGGGAACGAGCCUGAUUGUGCUGGCACAAACAGAUGUUGAUAAAUCGAACAAGAGUUAUUAUGGAGAAACCAAUCUCUAUCUCCUUUCCGCUAAUGGCUCCCUCGAUGCCCGUGUAACCUUGGAUAAGGACGGGCCGAUUCACGAUGUGUCGUGGUCUCCGAAUGGUAAAGAGUUUGGUGUGAUCUACGGUUAUAUGCCCGCGAAGACCACAAUCUUUAAUCAUAGGGCGGUCGCCACUCACUCGUUUCCUAUUGCUCCCCGGAACACGAUCCUCUUUUCGCCAACUGGUCGAUUUACCCUGGUUGCUGGAUUCGGCAACCUGGCUGGUCAAAUUGACGUUUACGAUCUGGAAAAAGAUUAUCGUAAAGUUUGCACCAUUGAGAGUGGCAAUCCUAGUGUGUGCCAAUGGAGCCCUGACAGCCGAUAUAUUAUGACAGCCACAACGUCCCCACGUCUCCGUGUUGAUAAUGGUGUUAAGAUCUGGCAUGUCGGUGGAGGCAUCAUGUACCAUGAAGAUAUGGUAGAGCUCUAUAACGUAACUUGGAGACCGGUUCUACCUGAGAACCUACCUCAAGGCGACCCCCUACACCCAGUUCCCACCCCCCAUUCUUCGGCUAUCGCAUACCUAGGCACAGUGAAGACUCCGUCGAAGCCUGUUGGCGCUUACCGUCCUCCCGGUGCCCGAGGCAUGUCAACGCCGCUUCACUUUAGAAGAGAGGACGAGGGAGGUGCCGCCCAUGUGAUGAGCAACGGUGCUCAGAACGUGGGUCCGAACGGAUUUGGGAGGUCGCGUCGCCAAGUUCCUGGUGCGGAAUUCCUUGAAUCUGGUGCGCGUGCCGUUCCUGGUGCAGUGCCAGCCGAUGGUGCUAACGGUGACGACAAUUUGUCAAAGGCUGCAUUGAAGAACAAGAAAAAGCGAAACAACAAGAAGGCCAAAGACCCCGAGAACAGGGAUGGAGAGAGGAAGGAGAAUGGUGGUUUGGCGCCUCCGGCUAGGGACCAGGGCCCUGGUUCUGGAAACGAGGGACGCAGUCCUGAGCGUCGUGGUCAGCAGUAUAACCAACGGAGACAUGAUCGGAGUCGCUCGCGGCAUAACUUCCAGGGUGGUAACAACCAACGUAAUCGCAGCAACACGCAUCAGAACGGACAGACACCACCCACUGCGCCGCAUAUCCAGACAUCUCAGCCACCCACUGCGGACGCUUUGCUCUCGCCCGGCAGCCAGAAUCCCGCGUCCAAGAAACUGCGCAGCUUACAGAAAAAGAUCCGCGCAAUCGAGGACCUCGAAAUGCGACAUGCUGGCGGCGAGAAGCUAGAGGACACUCAGAUGAAGAAGAUCGCUACGAAGGCUUCGGUAGUUAAGGAAUUGGAGGUCUUGGAGAAAGAGGCUCGUUAAUUACGAGCUUGUCGACGGUGGGAGUUCCACUCAGCUGCUUCGAUAUUUCAGGUCUGGUUCUGGUUAGUCCUAGUGGGGACGCCUAUGGACGGGGGGAACCUGUGGUACCUUUGGACUAGGUGAUCGGGUAUCAUAUCUGGCUUAUCACUGGCGUUAAG